AUGGAAAAUGACACGACGGAAAUUCGCCUCGAAAAACCAGCUGCGAUAAAGGUGAAUAAUCGUGAACAGAGAGCCAACAAUGAGCCAAACAAUGAACUGCAUCCUGGAGGAUGGAGUCCCUUUUUGGUUCUGGCCGGUAUUACUUGCUGCUUGGGCUCAGCUUUACCAGCCGGUUACAAUAUCGGCGUCAUAAAUAACCCUGCUGAUAUGAUUGGAUUAGUAGUUGUAUUAAGUAUACAACCAGUUAUAGAGAAUUACCCGAAAGCCGCUCAAAAAGAGACUUUAAAUAUAGUUUGGGCAACUGUUGUUUCAAUUUUUCUGGUCGGAGGAGUAACAGGUUCCCUAUCUGCAGGUUGGUUAGCUGAUAAACUGGGGAGAAGAGGUGCUCUCGCAAUUGGCAACACUUGCGGAAUAAUCGGAGCAAUAUUUUUCAUAUCUGCUAAGGCUGCGAAUUCAGUAGAAAUCCUGAUGGUGGGCAGAUUAUUUGUAGGACUUUCCGGAGGUCUGGCGACAAGCCUUGUGCCGAUGUACAUGACAGAAACAGCACCUUUAAAAUUGAGAGGAGCAGUGGGCGUAUUUUGCCAAUUGGGCAUUACCUGUGGCGUGUUGUUGGGUCAAAUUGUAAGUCUCGAUUCUACUUUGGGAACUGAAAACUCCUGGCCCGUCAUGCUAGCUGCAUUCUCACCUCUUUGUUUAGCUUCUUUGGGACUAUUAUUUGUAUUACCAGAGAGUCCGAAAUAUUUGUAUGUCAUCAAAAAUCAAGGAGGAAAAGCUAUUAAGGAACUCAGCCGUCUACGGAACAUGGACGUAUCUCUACUGAGUACCGAAAUAGCGAGUUUAGACCAAGAAGCAGUUGCGGCCGAAACAACGGAAACUUGGACAAUUGGUCGCGUGAUGAAAGAUCCGUCUCUUAGACUACCACUAAUACUUGUUUGUGCUAUGCAAGCUGGGCAACAAUUUAGUGGUGUCAACGCAGUAUUCUUCUAUUCAAAUAAAAUAUUUAAAGAAGCCAAGCUAGGAGAAACUGGUGCUCAAUAUGCAACUCUUGGAACCGGUGUAAUUAACGUAGUCAUGGCGUUGAUAGCAGUGCCAAUAAUGUCUCUCUUUGGAAGAAGAACAUUAUUCCUCCUCAGUUGUUACUUGGCUGUAGGAUGUUUGACUUUCCUCUGUUUUGCAAUUAUAUUUAUAGAAACUGCUGCUGCUAUGCCAUGGUUUUGCAUGAUAGCUGUCCUGGCAUAUGUGUUAUUCUAUGGUCUGGGUAUGGGACCAAUACCAUAUUUCAUCGGGUCUGAACUAUUCGACGUUGGACCUCGACCUGCAGCUAUGGCUCUCGGAAGUGUUUGUAACUGGGGUGGUAAUUUCAUUGUCGGAAUGGCAUUUGAAUCUGUGAUGGCCGUAAUUGGACCGUACAGUUUUCUCAUAUUUGCUGGCUGCACUUUAUUACUUGCACUCUUCAACAGGGUUUACCUACCAGAGACACGUGGUCGAGAUACUAUGGAAAUAUCAGCGACUAUGACCAAAGGAUUUAAAUCAAGACCUAAUUAUACACCGGUUGCUCAAUGGCAGCCCUAAUUUCUAUGAAUCUUCGAAUAAAGGAACUAUUCUAUGUCAAUAUGACUCUACCUCAUAACAAAGAGGUAGCACUCAACAAAAGUAUGAGUAACGUACUUAACCAGCCUAGUACAAAGUAGAAGGUUUAUUACGAAUGAGCUGGCAAAACCUUCAACUAUCAGAUUGUGUAAUGAUAAAAAUGUAACAUUGGGAUUUUUUUGCAAUGUGAUAAUAGAAAAAGAACUAUGAGAUAAUCAUUUUUAAUUUCAACCAGUCCGAUGCCAAACUAAACGAUGUUAGCUGUGUUGCAGAUCCUACAAAAAGUCUGGGGGCACCAGCGUUCCAUCCACGAUAAAGAGAUUUGAAUCCUCCUUCUCUCCAUAAAUUUCGAAAAGCAGCCCAGGUGCUAACGUGACCGUGCUGAUGGCCGACUGCUAUGGAAGAAGCAGCUUGAGCUUGCAAUUGUGUUUUGACCUAAAAAGAUCAGAGAAUGUAAACUCAAAAUUGCUUAUAUUAUUUCUAAUUUGACAGGAUAAACUUUUGCAUUAAUUGACUGACGGAAAUCUUUUUGCAAAGACAAAUUUGAAAAUAGAAUAUUGCCCAGUUACCAUGUACAAAGGACUACCAAUAAUAGAUGCCACAGCACCUGCAGUGCCAGAUAUUACUGCGGUCUUUACAAUACUGGUUUUUCCAUACUUGUUCAAAGUCCAUUUGUGCUUUUUUGCAAUAUUGUAGGUUCCUAGCCGGACUCCGUUUAGAACCAAUUGGAAUCCAAUAGCUGGUAUAAAACCG